GAAGGAAGCUAGGCAUUGAAAGAGCGGCGCUGAUUAGCGAAUCUGGAAUCACGUGGAUGAAAGCCCACUUGUGAUUCGUCACAAGUAGACCGAAGCCCCUGUGGGCUGGAACGGGCCGGACAGUGAGGUAUGGCUGGCACUGUGCUAGGAGUGGGGGCCGGCGUGUUCCUCUUGGCCCUCCUCUGGGUACUGGUGCUGCUGCUGUGUGUGCUGUUAUCCAGAGCCUCUGGGAUAGCCAGGUUCUCUGUCGUUUUCGUGUUCUUCGGUGCUCUGAUCGUCACGUCGGUUCUGCUGCUCUUCCCCCGAGCCGGUGAAGUCCCAGCCCCUGAGGUAGAAACAAAGAUUGUGGAUUCCUUUUUCAUUGGCCGCUAUGUCCUGCUGGCUUUCCUCACUGCUGUCUUCCUUGGAGGCCUCUUUUUGGUUCUCAUUCAUCAUGUCCUAGAGCCAAUCUACGCCAAACCACUGUGGUCCUACUGAGCACUGUUCUGGAAAACCAGGACCCUGUUUUGUCCUUCACGUUUGAUGUCACCGGUGAGCGGAAAGGUACUGUUCAGAGCCUUGUUUGGACAGCCGUCAUGCCUUAAGGUCAGAGAAAUAUCCAUGUACAACUAAGACAAAUCCCUUGAAUCCUGGCUUCCAGAAACGGGGUUGCAAAAUUGGCCCUGUGGAGACGAUUCCCACCAUCUUCAGAGGGAUGUUGCGGUCUUCUUCACACUCGUUCCUCGGGUUUUCUGUCUGUUUUGAAAGGGAAGAAGUAACAGGGAUCUACUUCCAGUAGAGUUUCAAUCAAGACAUCAGUAAAUGGAUUUGGGGAAAAUGAGCACUUUGGCUUCUACUGUCCAAGAGACGGAAGAAUCUCAUCUUUUUGAUAAUACCCAAGAUUCUUAGUUAAAAGGGUGGGAUCAUUGGGAAAGGAAAGGCACUUGAAGUUCAAAAGCUUAUUUUAAUGUGAUGAGUUGGAAGACUUAACCAGGUGUUGGUUGUUGACCGUGUGCAUAUGGCACCACAGAACCUGUACAGGCAACAGGUAUACCUUCCCUCUGCUCUAGUAAAGCAAUAACCAACCAAAGGACUGGCUUUCACUUCAGACUCUUGGCUACAGCUUUCUCAAUCUAUAUUCUAUAUUUCAAAUUUAUUUGGGGAUUAAAGGAAGGAUACGGAAGUGUUGGUUGGUUUGUCUUGUUGCUAUAGAUCUCUGGAUUCUUUCUCUUUCUGAAUUUGGUAGCCUUCGUGUGCCUUAUUUAAUUGUGAUAAGAGUCCAUUUUGGGUUAUGAUAAUUUCUUUUUAGCUGUGUAGCCUUUUCUCCAAAGCUGGUGAGAAAUGUACAUUCCUAGGAUUAGAAAGAACUUUAUACCUGUGUGAGAUCCCCUGCCAACCGAAAUUUAUUAUUAAAUGGAGAGCCCCUGGGCUGGUUCCACUUCAGAAGUCUCUUCCUAACUCCCUAGAACUAAAUGAAGAAGGAUAUUCUGGCUUAAAAUGAAGAACCAGAAAACAGGAUGGAAAGAGAACUUUGAACAUGUGUUAUAGGCCAACAGUACACUAGUUCCCUUGUAAUUCAAUGUCUUUAAAUUUUACAAUAUAUUUAUUGUAAUCUGGUUUUAAAGAAGAAAAAAGUAAGGCUUAAAGAGAUGAGCUGACUUGCCCAGGUGUCACGCAACAGCUAGCGUGUGCGACCAGGUGUGGCAGACCCUGAGGUCUGUCUCUGACUAGGAAGAAAACACACUGAGCUUUGUGGAGCUUUGACUGAGAGCUCAAGGAAGUCAGGGCCACGUCUCCUUCCCUUUCUGUCCUGGAGCCUGUUUUCAGUGUAGAGAUGAUACCGCAGUGGGGGCUAAGCUCUAAAUUAAAAGAGGAGAGAAUGGGUGACUCUGGGGAGUCAUGGACUGGUGAGGGCUAGGUGUAUUUAUUUUUACACUUGAACUGUCUCUAUCCUAUUCGGUUUGGAAAACCUUUGCAGAUAAGGCUUUGUCACAGAACACUUCAAAGGACUAGUCUCUUCAUCUGGCCUAGGGCCCACAGGUGAGAACAGAAAGAAGAAACAUACCUCUGAGCAGAUUGGAGGGGAGAGAGGAGAAAGCAGACACGUGGGGAAAGCGGAGCAAGCAGGUGGUCAGGCUAGGUGCUCUUCUCUAGACAUUUGCACUGAAGCUUCCAGGUGCACUGAAGCUGUGUGGAGAUGUUGAGCCAGCCAAGUGGAGCCUGGACUCCUCUAAUAAGCACAGGCAGCCAUUUUUCUCCUCCUGAGAGAGUUGCUGACAGAGCAAGUCUGGGAAGACUUGUAGGUUCUGACCUUGAAUCCAUCUUUUUUAUUCACCAACAAAGGUGUCCGACUAUGAGAUCAAUGGAUAAUAGCUAUGAAGUUUUGGGGGACUACUUACAUGAAGAAAAAUGUGUUAAGGUUGGAAACUGAAACACCACAGCUUUCUAAAGCAUGUGCGUGCACGUGUGUAUUUUACACAGAUACAUAAAUGGCUGGUUUGUGUGUUAAGGGCAAAAAAUACACUUUCUAUGAAGUA